GCCAGCCGGGCGCCGGGGGGGGGGUCAGGCGGGCCUUUCAGCGCAGAGCCUGGGCUAUCCCGGAAGGCGCGCCAUUCGCACGCAACACCUGCUAAUAGCUUCUAAUUGGCUCCGGACCAAGCCCCUCUGCCCGCCGCCGCCGCCGCUUUCACGUGUACAUGCAGGUCUCUUUUAUUUCUGCAUAAGGGCGACGGAAGCACCUUGCUCAGUUUCGUGUUGAGGCGGACAUCUACUAAUAAUGGGGCAAGCCUAAAGACCCCAGUUUACGCGGGAGUUCUUAUCACCCGCUGUACCCAAAGGGGAUUUACAAUACCUACUCGUUGGAAGCAGCUUUAGCAAGACCACCAACCGCAAGAAAGGAAAGUAAACGCGUUCGUGCGAGGUUUGGCCCUCGCCAGCCACCGUCCUGAAUCUGUCAUGCCCAGUUAAUCCGGGGAAAAGGGGGCGGGGAUGGUGUCAAGUCGAAACUAAGGUGGCGGGAGAAGAGCCCGGAAGGGCAGUGAAGAAGAAUGGCAGACCAGGGGUUGGAGAUGGCUUCGAUGAUCCCAGCGCUCAGGGAGCUGACCAGUGCUGGUCCAGAGGACUACAUUACAGUUGUACAGAAACCAAGACAAAUACUUUGUCAGUUCAUUGAUCGAAUUCUUGUGGAUGUGGAUGUUGUUGCUCUAGAACUUGUUAAGAGAACUGAGUCUCAGCCGAGUUCUGUCAUGUUGCUUGACUUCAUUCUGCACAUCAUGAAAUCAUCCCCACUUGUAUUUAUAAAUGCAGCUGGAACUCAUCAACAAAGUGAUAUGGAGUCCAGCUGUGUUGAAUUCAGCAGCUGGAUCAUAGCAAGGCUUUUGAGAAUUGCUGCCACCCCAAACUGCCACAUUUUACAUGAGAACAUCAGUAAUGUCAUUUGCUCUUUAUUGUGUCUGUUCAAAGUUAAAAAUGGUGCCGUGUUUGACUUGUUGACAAGAGAAUUGCUACAUCUUUUUCAAGAUCUGAUUUUACUUCAUGAAAGAAGUUUGGGAAUGCUCUCCCAGGGAGAUUCGUUAACCUGGCCUGUGACUCUGAGCAGGUUUUUGUGCAAUCCUAGCGUAUAUUUGGGCUGUCUAAAUUCUAUCCCAAUUCACUUAAAGGGCAUGAGCAACGCAGAAUACUUGGAGAUAACUCUGAUAAGAAUUCUUACUGAUAUAGUUUCUUACAUAUUUUUUAAGCCACAAGAUGUUACCCUUUGGGCAAUCGGAUGCUCCCUUUUGGAAUAUGGUAGUCCAGAAGUUAAAGUGUUAAGCAUGGUUUUCCUCACAGAACUGCUACAGCUAGGAGGACCUCCAGAAGAGUUAGGCAGCCGUUUCUUCUCAAUUCUUUUUGGGGUCUUGCAGUCCAUUCCUGGAAUGGAUGCUACAAAGUUGGAACUGUACGAAGAACCACUUUUAACGUUGGUGAAAGCUUUGUUUCCUUUUGAAAUGCAUUCCCAUGAAAACAUUGAACCUAUUUAUUUGAGCAUACUGCUGGAGAAGCUCCGUGCAUUGUUUGAUGCUGAGGUGCUACGGCUUCUUCAGUCUGAGAAGAUGAAAAAAGUCUUCUGUCACAUACUGCAGUACUUCAUGAUGUUUGUGCCAGCUGGAUAUGAAUCUGCUGCUACAGUUAGAAAGGCCUGUAUUAAUAGCAUCUGCAGAUCUUUUGUUGCAGUCGUGGGAAGCCAGGUGGAGCAGGAGUAUCUGCUGAGUCCACUUUAUGCAGCCCUGAAGACUGAAGCAUCAGAAGUUAUCCAAGAGUUUCAGCGUAGCAAUCAUCCACAGACUUCUGAUACUGAUGGGGGGAGCAGCAGUAGUGAUGAAGUUCCAGAGAAAAGGCUACGUCUAUCCUUAAGGCAAGCCAAGAAGUUGUCAGCAUCAGCAAAAGGUAUUCCUGUGUGGUUGUUCUGUUGUAAAAUAAACUGGUUAUAUCAGGGUUGUUCACUCAUCUGAGAGGUGAUGAAUUUGCUUUUGUUAGGGCAUGAUUGAACUGAACUUAAAGCACACUAUCUGAUUAAGCCAUUUCAGAUAGCUGCUGAUUUAUUCUUUCCUUUUCCCCUCCUCAACAGUGUAGGUCAUCAGGUUGAUCAUUUAUGCAGUUUAGACGGCCAUAAACAUUGUAAUACUGUUGGUCCUUCAGAAGCUCCAGAGCGUGUCCAGUUUAUCUGGAUUUCUUCAGAAUUUCUCAUGAGAGGAUUAAAAGUCUGCUGGAAGCUUUUGGUGCCUGCUUCAUGCAUAACUGACCUGGAACCAGUGAUGCAAAGAGUGGUGAAAAUAAUUGAUGCCUUACUUUAUAUGCAAGUAAAAAUUCAACUUAAUGAUGAGAUGAUUGAAAAUGUAUUUGGAUUGCUAUCCUUGCCAUGGAUUUCCAGCCAUUCUGAUGUCCCAUUAUUCAAUCUUCCCGCACUUAAAUUGGAUCUUUUGGCUUUGGGCCAACAUGCUGUAAGCCAUUUCUCACCUGAAACUCAAUCGAAUUGUGCAUUUCUUCUCUCCCUGAUUCCGAAAAAAUUAUAUCUGAAGUGGAGGAAUUCUGUUUAUCAACGUGCACUGCGGAGUCCACAUGAAGUUCUCAGAGCUAGCUGUGUUAGAGGAUUUCCUAUCUUGCUGCACCAAUCAGGUGUAAACUCCUGCACCACAUUGCUGGCACCUCUCUUAGACAAUAUUAGCGACGAAUCUCUGUUAGUCCAGAAAGCUUACGCUAGUAUCAUUGGAAACUUGGCUUGCUGCCUUUCUGACAACUUGAGCCUGAAUCCAUCUCCAGUUAAUCUUGACAUGCAGUCCAAAAGUUACGGCGUCCUCUGCAGCACACUUACAGUGGUUUCUUUGUCUGAGGAAACUCGUGCUGUAAAAGCCGAUGUGUUCAAGCCAUUUUUAUAUCUUCUUGAAAGCCACAGAGCAAGUUCCAUAAAGCUUGAGUUAAUAAAGAGUAUUCCUCUGCUUUUUAAACACCUGGAUUUCAGAAAAGAUGAAAUAAAUGUAAAAGCUGUUGUUGGGGCUUUCUUAAAGCUAAUGGAAGAUCCAGAUAAAGAUGUACGAGUGGCCUUUAGCGGCCACAUCAAGUAUCUCCUGGGUUCUUCAGACAUUGAGGAAGGACUUGUUAAAGAGCUCUUUGUUUCCAGAAUGAAAGAGGCAUAUACAAAUGCAAAACUGUCAAGAAAUAGUGAGCUGAAGGAUACACUGAUUCUCACAACAGGAGAUAUUGGAAGGGCUGCGAGAGGGGAUUUGGUGCCCUUUGCACUCUUGCACUUGUUGCACUGCUUACUGUCCAAGUCACCAUCUGUGGCUGGAGCGGCAUAUACAGAAAUCAGAACUCUGGCUGCUGCCAACUCUGUAAAGCUUCAAGUCUUUUUCAGUCAGUACAAGAAGCCCAUCUGUCAGUUUUUAGUGGAAUCUCUCCACUCUAGACAGUUAGCCAUUAUUUCUCAGACUCCAUGCCAAAGCAGUGAAAUGCAGAAACAAGAGAUGGCUAAUCAGAGGGAAGCAACUCUGGAUAUAUUAUCUGAAAUUGCCAAUGUUUUUGAUUUUCCGGACCUCAACCGCUUUCUCAGUCGGAUUCUCCAGGUUCUUUUGCCUGACCUUGCUGCCAAGGCUAGUCCUGCAGCCUCUGUUCUUAUCCGAACAAUAGCAAAACAGCUGAAUGUAAACCGAAGAGAGAUCCUCAUCAACAACUUCAAGUACAUUUUUUCUCAUAUAGUCUGUUCCUGUAAUAAAGAUGAACUGAAGCGAGCACUUCACUAUCUCAAGAAUGAAACGGAGAUAGAACUGGGAAGUUUGCUGAGACAAGACUACCAGGGAUUGCAUAAUGAGUUAUUGCUUCGUAUAGGAGAACACUAUCAACAGGUCUUCAAUGGUUUGUCGAUUCUAGCUUCAUUUGCUUCUAACGAUGACCCAUAUCAGGGACCAAAGGACAUCACAUCUCCUGAGCGAAUGGCUGAUUAUCUGCAACCAAAAUUUCUAGGCAUUUUGGCCUUCUUCAAUAUGCAAUUAUUAAGCUCCAGUAUUGGAAUUGAAGAUAAAAAGAUGGCCUUAAAUAGUUUGAUGACUUUAAUGAAGCUUAUGGGCCCCAAACAUGUAAGUGCAGUGCGAGUGAAGAUGAUGACAACACUCAGAACGGGGCUGAGAUAUAAAGAUGAUUUUCCAGAGUUGUGCUGCAAGUCCUGGGACUGCUUUGUACGAUGUUUGGACCAAAUUUAUCUCGGCUCCCUUCUCAGUCAUGUGAUAGUAGCUCUGUUACCCCUCAUACAUAUUCAGCCAAAAGAAACAGCAGCGGUCUUCAAUUUUCUUAUAGUUGAAAACAGGGAUGCUGUACAAGAUUUUCUACAUGAAAUAUAUUUUCUUCCUGACCAUCCUGAGUUAAAAGAAAUUCAAAUGCUUCUUCAGGAUUAUAGAAAGGAGACAUCGAAGAGCACAGACUUACAGACAACACUGCAGCUCUCCAUGAAGGCUAUUCAACAUGAGAAUGUAGAUGUUCGGAUCCAUGCUCUGACCAGUCUGAAGGAAACAUUAUAUAAAAACCAAGAGAAGCUGAUAAAAUAUGCAACAGAUAGUGAAACAGUUGAGCCAGUUAUUUCUAAGCUGGUGACUGUCCUUCUAAUUGGAUGUCAGGAUGUGAAUUUUCAGGCACGACUACUUUGUGGGGAAUGCUUAGGUGAGCUCGGAGCUGUAGAUCCUGGCAGGCUGGACUUCUCUACAAGUGACAACCAAGGGAAGGGGCUUACAUUUGUGACAGGUGUGGAAGAUCCAGCUUUUGCCUAUGGAUUAUUCAUGGAGUUGACAAGAGCGUUCCUUUCAUAUGCUGAUAAUGUCCGGGCCCAAGAUUCUGCUUCAUAUGCUAUUCAGGAGUUACUAGCCAUCUAUGGUUGUAAGGAGACAGCUGUUGAUUCCCCAGGCUCCAAGCUUUGGAAAAUGUUUCCUGAUCAUAUUCAGGAAAUAUUGGAACCUCAUUUAAAUACACGAUACAAGAGUUAUCAGAAGGCGGCAAACUGGUCAAAGGUUAAGAAACCUAUUUACUUAAGCAAAUUGGGCAAAAACUUCACAGAAUGGUCAGCAACCUGGGCCGGCUACCUUAUUACCAAAGUGCGACAUGAACUUGCCAGUAAGGUUUUCAAUUGCUGCAGUAUUAUGAUGAAGAAUGACUUCAAGGUGACAAUCUAUCUCAUUCCCCACAUCCUUGUCUAUGUUCUUUUGGGCUGCAAUCAAGAGGAUCAGCAAGAGGUUUAUGCAGAAAUCAUGGCUGUUCUGAAAAAUGAUGAUACCUGUGCAAGACGAUGUGAGGAUAGUGCUUCAGACCUAAGUCAUCUAAGCACACAGACUGUAUUCUCCAUGGUUGAUCACCUAACACAGUGGACUAGGUAUAAAUUCCAGAAACUGAGUGCUGAGAAAUCUGCUAGCAAGUCAAACAAGAACCAUGGAGAGCUGCAAACACCAAGUGAGGAAUAUAGAGAAUACCAAAGUGUAGUCCACUUCCUUGAUCUCAUACCACAGGACACAUUAGCUGCAGCUUCCUUCCGCUCCAAAGCCUACACCCGAGCAGUAAUGCACUUUGAAUCAUUCAUUGUGGAAAAGAAACAAAACAUUCAAGAACAUCUCGGAUUUCUACAGAAAUUGUAUGCAGCAAUGCAUGAGCCAGAUGGAGUGGAAGGAGUGAGUGCAAUACGAAAAGCAGAGCCAACACUCAAAGAACAGAUCCUUGAACAUGAAAGCAUUGGCUUAUUGAGAGAUGCCACUGCUUGCUAUGACAGAGCUAUUCAGCUAGAGCCUGAACAGAUAAUUCAUUAUCAUGGUGUGAUGAAGUCUAUGUUAGGUCUUGGUCAGUUCUCUACUGUAGUCACUCAAGUGAAUGGAGUACUUGCUAAGAGACCUGAAUGGACACCAGAAUUAAACGCCUACAGAGUAGAGGCAGCCUGGAAGCUGACACAGUGGGAUUCACUGGAAAGUUAUUUAGCUGCAGAUGGGAAGUCUAAUACUUGGAGUGUUCAGCUUGGAGAGUUGCUGCUGUCAGCCAAAAAGAAAGAAGCCGCUACCUUCUAUGACACCUUGAAAGUUGUUCGAGCAGAACAGAUAGUUCCCCUUUCAGCAGCAAGUUUUGAAAGGGGCUCAUAUCAGCGAGGAUACGAAUACAUUAUCAGGUUACACAUGCUGUGUGAGCUGGAGCACAGCAUUGCACCAAUGCUUCUGCAGUCUCAUAGUGAUGGUGGAAAAGAUUCUCUGAAUUGGCAUGCCCGUAUAGAAAUGACUCAAAACUCAUACAGGGCUAAGGAACCCAUCCUGGCGCUUAGACGGGCUUUGCUCAGCCUCAGUAAAAGAGAGGAUUUCAGUGAGCAGAUGGGAGAAUGUUGGCUGCAGAGCGCCAGAGUCGCUCGUAAAGCUGGUCAUCACCAAACAGCAUAUAAUGCUCUCCUCAAUGCCGGGGAGUCCAAGCUGUCUGAACUAUAUGUAGAAAGAGCAAAGUGGCUGUGGUCCAAGGGUGAGGCUCAUCAAGGCCUGAUUGUCCUCCAGAAGGGUGUUGAGCUAUGUUUUCCAGAUGGUAAGGUACCAUCAGAUACUAAAAGUAAGCUAAUCCAUGGACAGGCCUUGUUGUUGGUGGGCAGAUUUAUGGAAGAAACAGCCAACUUUGAGAGUAAUGCAGUAAUGAAAAAGUACAAGGAUGUCACAGUUUGCUUGCCAGAAUGGGAGAAUGGACACUUUUACCUUGCAAAAUACUAUGAUAAACUGAUGCCUACAGUAACAGAAAACAAGAUGGAAAAACAGGGAGACCUGAUCAAAUAUAUAGUUAUUCACUUUGGAAGAUCUUUACAUUUUGGGAACCAGUUCAUCUAUCAGUCAAUGCCAAGAAUGUUAUCCUUGUGGCUUGAUUUUGGAGCAAAAGCAUAUGAGUGUGAGAAAG